UACGAGCACGACCACGGUACCUCUACUCUUUCGCGUCAAUUGCUUGUUCUCAGCAGAGCUAAGGCCGACGGCGACUUGCGAUUUCUCAUAGUUAACAAAUUUUCAUCCAUUUCAAUCCUACAAUGGCCAUCUCAAAACCCGAAUUAGCCUGCGUCUACGCCUCACUGAUCUUGGCCGACGAUGACAUCGAUAUCACGGGAGAAAAAAUCCAAACAAUUCUAAAGGCUGCCAAUGUUGAAGUUGAACCAUAUUGGCCUGGUUUGUUCGCCAAGGCUUUAGAAAAUGCCAAUGUUAAGGAUUUAAUCACCAACAUUGGAUCAGCAGUAGGAGCUGUUCCAGCUGGAGGUGCCGCAGCUGCUGCUCCAGCAGCUGAAGCCAAGGAAGAAAAGAAAGAAGAGAAGAAGGAAGAAGAGAGUGAAGAGGAAGACGAUGAUAUGGGCUUUGGUUUAUUUGAAUAAAAAUCUACUUCAUCGACUGACUGUUUCCUCAUACAAACAUGGCAACAUUAACUUUAUUUGUUGUAUCUUGUAACUUGUACAACUAAUCAAAUUAAUAAAUGUUGUUAUAUUUUAUUA